AUGCCUGCCUUAUCUAGUGUGGUACUAGUCGGUGGUACACCUACUGGUGGUUGGGGUGUUACACGUUUUGGAGAUGAUGAAAAUUUGGCUGUUACUGUGCCUUUUGCUAUUUCAAUGUAUGGUUAUUCGACUACAACCCCAUAUGUCAACUGUAAUGGCGGUAUUACUCUUGGCAAUUGUCCCUUAGGCCCUACGAACAAUAUGCUACCAUAUACAACUAGCUGUCCUGGACCAAUCGCUGCUGGUUUUUGGUAUGAUUUUGAAAUACAAACAGAUUCAUCUCAAUCCAUCAGUUACGGUACAAUUGGAACAUCUCCGAACAGAAAUUUAGUCUUCGAUUUCAAGGAAGUUCCUUAUGAUGUUGAAAAUCCGCUUUACCAUUUUCAAAUAGUGUUUUAUGAGAAUAGCCCAGGGAUUGUUAGAUAUUACUAUUAUGAAGUGUCCAGCACAGGUGCCACGGCGACGAUAGGUGUUCAAAAUGAUGGUGGUUCAUUAUAUCAACAGUACUCUUACAAUCAAGCAGGUUCAGUACCAGCUGGCACUUCAGGAGCAUCGGUUGCAACACUUAUAUUAACGUUCAAUACAAACACCAACACAUAUAUCUCAACGAUAGUAUAA